GCGUCCAAGCAAAAACAGGCAUUCUUUCAUUUAACCCAAACAAGAAAAAGAAAUUAUAAUAUUCCAAUGAUGAUUUCCUCCUGGAGAAGGAGAAGAGCUGCCAGGCGUGCAGGGAAAGAGCAGCAAAGGACUGAAAAUGGGGAGAUGGAGCUGACGAUUCCAAGAGAUUUCAGGUGCCCCAUAUCGCUAGACUUGAUGAAAGAUCCUGUCACGUUGUCUACAGGGAUAACAUAUGAUCGAGAGAACAUUGAGAAGUGGAUUGAGGCUGGGAAUUUCACUUGUCCUCUUACGAAUCAAGUGUUGAGGAGUCUUGAACCGAUUCCGAAUCACACGAUAAGGAAGAGAAUACAAGAUUGGUGCGUUGAGAACCGGUCUUAUGGGAUUGAGAGAAUCCCUACGCCUCGUGUUCCUGUUAGCUCGAAAGAGGUUUUGGAGAUUCUUUCGGAAAUUAUUGUCUCUUGUAAGAAACGAGAUGGAGAAGCGUGUCGAGAUUUGGUGGUAAAGCUCAAGUCGUUGGCAAAAGAGAGUGAACGUAACAAGCGGUGCAUUGUGACGAAUGGGGCAGGCAGCGUUUUUUCAGAGGCCUUCGAAUCGUUUUCCAGGGCGUCUUUUGAUGAAAACAAUGCCGUUUUAGAGGAGAUAUUGUCAGCUUUGACAAUAAUGUUCCCUCUUGAUGGAGAGGCCAAGGGUUUCUUAGGAUCAGUUUUGGCUAUGCGUUGUUUGAUAUGGUUUUUGAGCAGUGGAGACUUAUCAAGGAGAAGAAACGCAGUUUUGGCCUUAAGGGAGCUUGUUUUAUCAUCAGAUCAAAGAAAAGUGAAUGAAUUAUCAGAGAUAGAAGGUGCCAUUGAAGCAUUGUUCAAGCUGAUUAAGGACCCAAUUUGCCCUACUGCUACAAAAGCUUCUUUAACUGUCAUUUACCAUAUGAUCACAUCAUCUUCAACAAAUGAGAAACAAGUAGCGAAGCUUAUAAAUUUAGGCAUAGUGUCGUUGUUAAUAGAAACGCUGGUGGACACUGAAAGAGGCAUGUGCGAGAAUGCCUUAGGUGUUCUAGAUGGGAUCUGCAACAGCGGGGAAGGAAGAGAAAUGGCCUGCAACAAUGCCCUGAGCAUGCCGGUUUUGGUCAAGAAAAUCCUAAGGGUGUCAAACUUGGCAACUGAGUUUUCAGUCUCCAUUUUGUGGAAGCUUUGCAAGAAUGAGAAAAGGGAAGAUGGUGGCGUCCUCGUUGAAGCUCUUCAAGUGGGUGCUUUUCAAAAGCUGUUGCUGCUUUUGCAGCUUGGCUGUGUUGACAAGACAAGGGAGAAGGUUUCAGAGCUGUUGAAACUGUUGAAUCAUCACAGAAACAAAAUUGAAUGUGUUGAUCCCAUGGAUAAUUUCAAGCAUCUGAAAAGGUCAUUUUGAUUGUAAUAAUCUAGGCAAACCAUGUAACAGAUAGUGUAGGGAAAUUUUGGUUAUAAUUUACAGAUUACAGUCCAAUGUACAAAACAAAAAUUAAAGUAUACAGUUUCAUAAAAAUGCCAUUACUAUAUUGAUGAUUUUGGUAUCAAAGAAGGAUUUGUAUUUUUGUUUGCUGAAAAAAAAG